AUGGAAAUGCCUGGCUUCAAAAUGGUAUUUGGAUACGAGUAUGAUGGCGAGUUUCUUAUUCCGGCUACUUGGAACGCUUUAUGGUCUGCUAUGACCUUCCUUGGAAUGAGCUUGGGGAGUCUACUAUGUGGCUGGUUCUCCGACAGAACUGGACGGAAGUCCGGCUUUAUCGUUGGCUGCCUCUUAUCUAUUCUCGGCAUAGGUCUACAAUAUGCAGCUUCCCACCCUGGGAUGCUCUUGGCUGGAAAAAUGAUUAAUGGACUCGCCUUGGGCUUCUUUCUAGCACUCGCUUCUACUUAUACCUCCGAAAUCUCUCCUUUGCCUUUACGACCUGUCCUUACCGCCGCAAUCAACUUCUUCAUGAACAGCGGACAGUUAGCUGCAAUGGCGAUUGGGAGUACCAGGAUCGGUAUCCUCACUCCAGAUUCGUACAAAAUUACAUUCGCCGCCCAAUGGGCUUUUCCUUGCGCCAUACUCCUGUUCGCUCUGAUCCUUCCCGAAAGCCUCUGGUACCUCAUCCGGAAAGGAAAAUACACAGCAGCUGAGGCAAAUAUACAAAGACUAUAUGCAAGACCUCCAUCUGUGACGAAGGGAUAUCUUGAAUUUCUCAAAGCCACAAUUGAACAAGAGAGUCAGCUACGCUCUGCCCACAAUGCGCCCGGAUAUUCGAGUUGCUUUAAGGGCACCGAUUUCCGACGGACACGUAUUGCUUGUGGAAUGUUUCUGGUUCAACAAUUUGCUGGAUAG